AUGGAGAAAAAAGGCCCGCCGCCGCUGGGGAAAAAGAAAACCCCCCCACCCAAAUCUACAGCCAAGCCGCCGGCGGCGAAAGGCGCGGGAGCGGCGCCCCCAGCUGAGGGCACUACCCCGGCAGGCGCCGCCAAGAAAAUUGGUCUUCCUCCGCCUCCAUCGGGAGGCUCCGCGGCUACGAAAGCGUCGCUCCCUGGAGCCAAGGGGACUUCGCCUUCCCCCCUUUCCUCAGGGGAUCCCUCGGGGGGAAAGCCUUCCCUUCCGCAAAAAGCGCCGAAUCCCGGAGGUUCGGCAGCAGACGGCGCGCCGCCUGGAGAUGCCCCCAAGCUCCCCGCACCCUCCAAAUCCAUGCCACCGAAAGGGAGUCCCUUGCCUGGGAAGAAGGGAUCAGUGGUCGUGGGGAAAGGCCCUCCGUCGGGGCCUCCGAAGAAAGCGGGAAUUCCAGGGAGCAGUGGACCGCCGGAUGCAGGGACGUCGAGCCCGGUGCAGGCUCCGAAAAAAGAGCUGCCGAAAGUGCUUCCUGCGUCGCCCAAAGGACUUCCUUCUCCAGCUGGCAUGUCGCCCUUAUCGCCAGGAAGUCCGAAGGGCCUUCCGCCGGCUGCAGGUCUCGGAAAGCCGAGUCCGGGCGUGGGGCUGGCCAAGCCCAAGUUGGAAACCUUGAAGAAAUCCGGAAUCCCGUUGAAAGCAGGCGAGCCGAAGGAGCUCGGAAUGGGCUCGAAGGACGUUGCCGUGAAGAAGAUGGGGCUCCUGACAGGGCCCGCAACCCCAACUGCCCCAGUGAAAAGUUUGCUCCCGAAACCCGGCGCCGUGUCUCUGCCGGGUGCCAAGGGUGCUGGACCGCUAGGCGCCACGCCUCCAUCGCUUCCAAAGCCUCCGCUAGCCAAGCCAGGAACUCCCGGGACCCAGGCGUCCGACAACGUAGAUGAGCACGGAGUCCGCCGAGGCUCCUGUGGAAAACUCUCACCGGAGUCGAACCUUGAAAAGGAGAGCAGUGGCAUGACGCUGCAAAGCAUUUUUACCAGGAACGGCGACUUCGUGGGAAAAGCCAGCGGGCCCGCAGAACCGCUGGCGGCGAAAGACCGUCCCGCACAACCGGCCGAUCGCGGAAGAUACGCGUCCACCUGCGGCCGUGCCUCGAUGUCUCCUCUCGCGCUCCAAACUGCGCUGCCUUGCUUCCCUGGCCACUGUCCCGCAGCUCGGAUGCGCCACCAGGACCACGCCGCCGCCGACCGCGUCCCUCGGGCAGCUCGCAGCGCUCAGGUCGACCGUUCGUCGCGGCGGACUCCUGACCUGUUGUCGUUUUUUCCCCUCCCAGGAAGUAUGGAUGGGCUGCCUGGGUUCUUUGUUCCGGUGCCUGCCUGGCCCCCACCAGACCAGGAAAAGUUCGCCAGUGCCUCUCCGCCGUUCCCCUUCCCGCCUGGUUCGCGCCCACCCGGAAUGGCCAUGCGGGGCUUUCCGUACCUGCCAUGUCCACCGGCGCCCUACGGGCCGUACGCGCCCUACGCGCCCUACGCCCCGCCUCUCCCGUACCCGCAGCCGGGGGUUGCCUGGGACGCCUUGUCUGGUGCGGCGCCCUACUACCCUCCCGCGGGCGUUCCUUUCCCGCCUCACCCGCCAGCCCCCCACGGGGCCUCGUCGAUGGGGGCUCCGCGGCAUCCAGCUGCUGCAGCGCCGGGGCGGGUGGCGACGCCGGAAGACAGCGGCGAGGCAGAGGGGAGCGGAACGGGCGACGCGCCGAAAAACGGUGGGAGUCAACCACAGGUGGUGGCGGACCGCGCAAGAGGGAGAGAAGGCGCCGGCGACCGCGUGACGUUUGCACUCCAGCACAGAGGAAAGGACGGCGGCAAGGGCGCAGGAUCCACUCGGAACGAGAGGAGGCGACGGCGAAGCACGGUGCUGCAACUUCUCGAGGACGCGGGGCUCGAGCCGUCGAGGGACUGUCUGCGCGCUCUGAAAGAGAGAGAUGACCAGGAUGCGAUGGAGGACAAACGCUGGAAUACUGAGGAGUGGUCACCGGGGAUGCCAUGCGACGGGGGCCCUUCCGCCCGUGCCUAUAUCGGAGGCUCCAACAAGGCUAUUGGGGCUACGCCCUGGGAGACCAUAGAGAAGAGCCUGAAUUACAUCAGGAGUGGUGCACAUCGCGUACGCCUGGGGGGGGACGAUGAGACACUCCCAGCGCGGCUACCUGAAGAAGAGCGCUCGUUUGAUCCCGCUGUCUUCGCAAAGGGAAGAAAGGAGAGAGAAGCCCGUGGAGAAGACCCGACGUUCGGAGCGCAAGCGGGGGAUGACUAUUACAAAUACUUUGAUCCCCAUUACACGCCGAGCAAGAAACCGUGGUACAAUGAAGCCGUACCUAGAACGACUCCGCCGAUGCCUGCCCGGCAUGAGUACGGUUCGGUGCCUCGAGGGGGAAAGUUCUCGUCUAAACCCCCAAAAGGGUGGGACCGAUGGGGGUUUGAACGGGGCCUUACUGCUCCAAGAAAACGAACAUAUCAGAGCCUUAACGAGCUUGCAACCUACUUCACGCACCUCGAUAGUGAAGACCAGGAUGAGAUCGUCAAUCUGCUGCUUCUCUGCCGCAAGUUAGAGCAGCAAGUGGAGCAACAACACGUGGUGAUUGACAUGCUCGAGCACGACCUCACCACUGCCAACGCCGCGCUCAAAUUCCCUCCGGAGUGGCGAGCUCUUGACGAGAUCGACCUUGUCUCUCUCGUGCCAGCUGACAGCGCGUUUCAGCCCAGCACGGCCACUCCCCUCUUUCUGAAAAGAGCCACCCUCCUCCCCUCGAGCGUUACGCUGGAAGCCGUUGCAAGUGCGUCGCCGCAGGCCGCAGAAGCACCGGCAGGCGCGCCGAAGGCUGCCGAGGCGACCAAGACCGCCCCGGCGACGGCGGCGAAGCCAGCUGGGGCUACGGUCACAAAGGCGCCCGGGAUUAAGGCCCCCGGGGCGGGGAAGAAGCCUGUCUUUAAGACGACAAUUAAGGCUGCAAAGUGA